UGUGCGCAUUUCAUGACAACGCAAGAUGACAUCGCAUUCCUAUUAUAAGGAUCGUCUCGGCUUCGAUCCCAAUGAGCUGCAACAUGAGGCAACAACAACAGCAGUCAGUCAACACCACCAACAUCAACAACAACACAGCACCAAUUCGAUGAAACGGAACAGCUCGAGGCAGACGCAUCACCAUCACCAGAGCUAUCAUCAUGCCACAACAACAACGAGCGGCAGCUCAGCCGCAUCGCCGGCACGAAUCUCUGUCUCGCCGGGUGGCAACGGUUCCCUCGAAUAUCAUCAGGUGCAGCGGGAGCAACGCGAUCGUGAACUCUAUGCAAAUGGUCAUAGCCACAGCAGCAGUCCGCAUCAUCAUCAUCAUACGCAGCAGCAGCAUCAUCAUCAGGCGGCACAUCGUCAUGGUUCGCAUGGAUUGAUCGAGGCUAGUCCGGCGGCCAAGAAGGCCAAACACUCGUCAACGCAGUCGCAGCCGCAGGGCGGUUACGAGGAUGCGUUGACGCAGUUUAAAGACGAACGCGAUGCCAUUCAAAAGAAGACUUUCACAAAAUGGGUUAACAAACAUCUUAAAAAGGCCAAUCGACGUGUUGUGGAUUUAUUUGAGGAUUUGCGCGAUGGUCACAAUUUGCUUUCACUCUUGGAGGUGCUAUCUGGCGAACACCUGCCACGAGAGAAGGGUAAAAUGCGUUUCCACAUGCUGCAGAACGCACAAAUGGCGCUCGAUUUUCUGCGCUACAAGAAAAUCAAAUUGGUCAACAUACGUGCCGAAGAUAUUGUGGAUGGUAAUCCCAAGCUUACACUCGGUCUGAUCUGGACAAUUAUAUUGCAUUUCCAGAUCUCCGAUAUUGUUGUUGGCAAAGAGGACAACGUAUCCGCACGUGAGGCAUUGUUGCGCUGGGCGCGCCGCUCUACGGCUCGGUAUCCGGGCGUGCGCGUGAAUGAUUUUACAUCAUCGUGGAGGGAUGGUUUGGCCUUCUCGGCAUUGGUGCAUCGCAACCGACCGGACUUGCUUGACUGGCGAAAGGCAAGGAACGAUCGGCCGUUGGAUCGUCUCGAGACGGCAUUCCACAUUGUCGAGAAGGAGUAUGGUGUAACGCGUCUAUUGGACCCAGAGGAUGUGGACACAAAUGAACCGGAUGAGAAAUCGUUGAUUACGUACAUUUCAUCGCUGUACGAUGUGUUCCCGGAGCCACCAUCUAUCCAUCCACUGUUCGACAUGGAGUCACAACGUCGCGUCCAUGAAUAUCGCGAUUUGGCCCAACAGUUCAUCUACUGGUGUCGCGAGAAGACAGCCUAUUUGCAGGAGCGCUCGUUCCCGCCCACGCUAAUCGAGAUGAAGCGUUUGCUUAGCGAUCUGCAGCGUUUCCGCAGCGAGGAGGUGAGCGCCCGCAAACGUGAGAAGUCCAAGCUCAUCCAGAUAUACAAGGAGCUGGAGCGUUACUUCGAAACGGUGGGUGAAGUCGAUGUGGAGGCCGAUCUGCGACCAGAUGCCAUUGAGAAGGCCUGGUAUCGCAUGAAUACAGCGCUGCAGGAUCGUGAAGUUAUCCUACAGCAGGAGAUUGAACGCUUGGAGCGUCUACAGCGACUGGCCGACAAGGUGCAGCGCGAGAUUAAACAUGUGGAUCACAAGCUGACGGAUCUGGAGACCCGUGUCAGUGAGGAGGGGCGACGCAUUGAGCGUCUGCAUCCCGUGGAUGCGAAGAGCAUUGUCGAGGCACUCGAGACCGAGAUCAGGCAUCUGGAGGAGCCCAUACAGGACAUGAAUCAGGAUUGCCAUGUGCUCAACGAGGGCCGCUAUCCGCAUGUGAGCGAAUUGCACAAGAAGGUUAACAAGCUGCAUCAACGCUGGGCUCAGCUGCGCACCAAUUUCCACACGAACCUGGUACAGAAACUGUCCGGUUUGAAAUUCCCCGUCCAUGAGACAACUGUGACGCGUCAAACGCGCAUGGUCGUCGAAUCCCGACAGAUCGAUACGAAUCCCCACUUCCGUGAUCUGCAGGAGCACAUUGAAUGGUGCCAGAACAAAUUGAAACAAUUGCUUGCCGCCGACUAUGGCAGUGAUCUGCCAUCGGUCAAGGAGGAACUGGAUCGUCAACAGCACGAGCACAAGAUCAUCGAUCAGUUCCACUCCAAAAUACUCAACGAUGAGCGACAACAGAGCAAGUUCUCCGGCGAUGAGCUUAACCUCUACCAGCAGCGACUCAAUCAGCUGCAAAAGGUCUACGAUGAGCUGCACAGCACAUCGACAAAGCGUCUAACCGAUCUGGACUCACUGCAGCACUUCCUUGCACAGGCCUCCGCCGAGCUGCAAUGGCUCAACGAGAAGGAGCAAGUGGAGAUCACGCGCGACUGGGCGGACAAACAACUCGACUUGCCCUCAGUGCACAGAUACUAUGAGAACUUAAUGUCCGAACUGGAAAAGCGUGAGAUGCACUUUGCAACGAUCCUGGAUCGUGGCGAGUCGUUGCUGAACCAACAGCAUCCUGCAUCCAAAUGCGUUGAGGCCCAUUUGACGGCACUGCAACAGCAGUGGGCGUGGCUGCUGCAGUUAACCCUCUGCUUGGAGGUGCAUCUGAAGCAUACCACCGAAUACCAUCAAUUCUUUGCCGAGAUCAAGGACGCCGAACAGUGGCUGAGCAAACGCGAUGAGAUACUCAACAGCAAGUACUCUCAGUCCGAUUUUGGUUUGGAUCAAGGCGAGGCUUUGUUGCGAGGCAUGCAGGAUUUGCGUGAGGAGCUGAAUGCCUUCGGUGAAACUGUGUCCACGCUGCAGCGUCGCGCUCAGACCAUUGUGCCGUUGAAUAAGCGACGUCAGCCGGUGAACCGUCAAGGUCCGGUUCAGGCCAUCUGCGCGUAUAAGCAGCAGGGUCAGCUACAGAUUGAAAAGGGUGAGACGGUCACCCUGUUGGACAAUUCGGGACGUGUCAAGUGGCGUGUGCGCACCGCCAAGGGGCAGGAGGGUUCCAUACCCGGUGCCUGUCUCCUACUGCCGCCACCCGAUCAGGAGGCCAUCGAUGCUGCCGAGCGUUUAAAGCGUCUCUUCGAUCGUUCCGUUGCCCUGUGGCAAAAGAAACAUUUGCGUUUGCGUCAGAACAUGAUCUUUGCAACGAUUCGGGUGGUCAAGGGCUGGGAUUUCGAUCAGUUUCUGGCCAUGGGGCCCGAACAACGUACGGCGAUUAGACGUGCCUUAAACGACGAUGCGGACAAACUGCUCAGCGAGGGCGAUCCAAAUGAUCCGCAACUGCGACGGCUGCGUCGCGAAAUGGACGAGGUCAAUCGAUUGUUCGAUGAGUUCGAGAAGCGAGCCCGAGCCGAAGAGGAGAGCAAACAGGCGAGUCGCAUCUUUACCGAGGAAUGCAUUGCGAUCAAGAGCAAAUUGGAGGAUAUGGCACGUGAGCUGGAUCAGAUAAUAUUGGCGCCACUGCCACGUGAUCUGGACUCGUUGGAGCAUGUGCUCGAGAUACAUUCGGACUAUGAGCGACGUUUGCAUCUGCUCGAGCCGGAGCUGAAGCAUCUGCAGGAGACCUUCCGUACGAUUGCACUGAAGACACCUGUGCUCAAGAAAUCGCUUGAUAAUCUGAACGAGCUGUGGAAGGAGCUGAAUACGCAGAGCGGUCUGCACAAGGAUCGCCUCAAGCUGCUGGAAGCCUCGCUGGCUGGUCUGGAGGACAACGAACAUGUCAUCUCCGAACUGGAGAAUGAGCUGGCCAAGCAUCAGGAUUUGCCCUCAACAGCGGAGGGCUUGCAACACGUAUUCAAGCAGUUGACACACAUGCAGGACAUUAUUACACAACAACAGCCCCAGAUGGAUAAGAUGAACGAUGCUGCCGAUCAACUGGGUCGCAUGGGUGUGCCAACCAAGGUGCUCGGGGAUCUGAAACGCCUGCACUCGAACGUGGAGCGUCUGAAUACGCGCUGGAGUGCGGUCUGCAAUCAACUGGGCGAAAGAAUGCGCUCAUGCGAGACGGCAAUUGGAUUAAUGAAGAAUCUCCAGUCGAGCGUGCAAGUCGAGGAAUCUUGGGUUGAUGGCACCACCGAACGUCUGUCUGCAAUGCCCACAGCGACUUCAGCUUACGAAUUAGACAAACUGCUUGGAGCUGCUAUCGAACGAAAACCUAAAAUCGAAAAUGUCAACGUGGCUGGAGGACGUCUAAUCCGCGAAGCUAAGAUUUACGAUAGUAAAUGUCUGCGUUUCGUCGAUUGGCUGCUUGAGGCACGUCCCUCGUUCUCGCCACCACGUCGCGAUCUGCGUCCGGCUGAUAGCGAUCCGGGCGCCACGCAGUAUUACAGUCAACGUUUGGAUAAUUUAAAUACGAAAUACGACAGAUUGCUGGAACAAUUGUCGCAGAGGCUAAAAACUGCAAUCGAGGUGAAUGGCAGCGAUGGUCUGCAAUAUGCUGAGAGUCUACAGAAACCGCUCAAGACAUUUAGAGUUGACUUCAGUGCGGGCAGCGUGCCACCUGGCGAUGGUUACGCUGCGCGUCCGGAUGAUCUCUAUACCACAACAUACAGCACUACACAAUUCAGCUCAACGAAGACAACGAAAAGCUCCUCGAAGAGCAUUUACAGCAGCGAUGGCAUCGAUGCCACAAUUAGUCAAGAGUCAAAUGCCGCAACAACACCACAGUCGCAGAUACAAUUCAACGAGAUACGCAGCCUGAAGCGUAUGCAACAGCUGGGAGGAUCAGCAGGAGGAGGAGGCGGAGGAAAUGGUACCUCCGUGCUGGAUAUAGCCGGCAUACGGGAUCCGCGCACCGGUCGCGUUUUGACCAUUGGUGAAGCAAUACAAUUGCGGAUACUGGAUGUGCGCACCGGCGAAAUGUUGGUGGGCGAUAAACGCAUAACGCUGGAACAGGCUGCCCAACAGGGGCUGAUUGAUGCACAGCUGGCGCUACAGCUGCUGCAGCCGGGCGCUGGACGAGAUGCCAGCGGACGGGAGCUAUCACUGCUCGAGGUGAUACAGCGCGAGAUAACCGAAGCCGAGACCGGCUAUGAGACGGCCGAGAAACGCAUCAAGCAAGCAGUAUUCGAGAAGUUCAACAUGUGCGAGGAGAAUGUCAACGAUCUCCUCAAAUGGGUCACAUCCGUCGAACAGAAAAUCUCAAACGUUGGCGGACCACGUGUUAAAAUCGAUGAGCUGCGCAAUCAAAUCAAUGCACUCAAGCAAAUUAAGGAUGAAAUCGAAUCCCAGCAGCGUCCAGUGGCCACAUGUCUGGAGCAAAUCCGUCAAAUUGUGUUGACUGGCGGCGAUGUGCUCUCCGCCCCGGAGGUCACCACUCUGGAGAACUCUGGCCGUGAGCUGCGCUCGCGUGUCGAUCGCGUCAACGAUCGCACUGUGCGUCUGCUGCGUCGUCUCGAAGCUGGACGCGAUGAGCUCACCAAGCUGCGCAGCGAGUUGGAUGUCUUCUCCGACUGGUUGCAACAGGCCCGACGCACGCUGGAAGAUAAGGAACGUUCGCUGUCGGAUCUGACGCGUCUCGCCUCGCAGGCGGACACCAUUCGUGAGUUUGUCAGCGAUGUGAUUGGUCACCAGGCGGACUUGCGUUUCAUCACAAUGGCCGCCCAGAAGUUUGUUGACGAGAGCAAGGAAUUCUUGGCCCUGCUCAAUGAUUUCCGCACUUCGCUGCCCGAACGCUUGCCACAUGUGGAGCCGCUGUCGAGUGCCGAGAGUCCCAUACGCCAGGAGGUUUCGCUGGUAACGGCACAGUACAAGGAUCUGUUGAAUCGCGUCAAUGCGCUGCAGGAUCGUGUCUCUGGCUUGGGUGGCAGACAGCGUGAGUACCAGGAUGCCUUGGACAAGGCCAACGAGUGGCUGCGCAGCAUGCAGCCGCGUGUCUCACGUGUCAUCUCUGAGCCCGUCGCUGGAGAUCCCAAGGGCGUGCAGGAUCAGAUGAAUGAGGCGAAGGCGUUGCACAAUGAGCUUCUCUCCAGCGGUCGACUGGUGGACAAUGCCCAACAGGCAUUGGACAAUCUGCUGCGCAGCCUGGGCGGACAACUCAGCCCGAUGGAGAUCAAUCAGCUGGAGUUGCCCAUUGCUGAUCUGAAGAACAACUAUCAGCAGUUGCUGGAUACGCUCGGCGAGCAUUGCAAGACUCUGGAUAAGACCUUGGUGCAAUCGCAGGGCGUGCAGGAUGCACUCGAUAGUCUUGUCGGUUGGGUCAACCAGGCCGAGGAUAAGUUCAAGCUGAAUCUUCGUCCCGCUUCGCUGAUCAAGGAGCGUCUGCAGGAACAAAUCCGGGAGCACAAGGUGCUCCUGGCUGAUCUGCAGUCGCAUCAGGCGAGCAUCGACAGUGUUCAAGUCUCUGCGAAGCAUCUGUUGGCCAGUGCAUCCAAUGCACGAAUCACCAAGAAAGUGGAAUCAAAUCUGAACGAUGUCACGGGCAAAUUUGAGAAGCUCUUCGAGAAGGCCAACAAGCGUGGCGAAUUCCUGGACGAUGUUCACGGUCGCCUCUCCAAGUAUCUGGACGACAUUAGCAACAUGGAGCAGCGCAUGGGCAGCCUGCAGGAGGCACUCGAUAGCCGUGAGACCAGUUUGCUCGCCACCGAGGAGCUGGCUCGCCGCAUGCUCGAUUUGGCACGCGAAAAAGAUCAGCUGGCACCACUGUUUGAGGAUUGUGUACGCAAUGGCAAGGAUCUGAUUGGAUUGCGGGAUGUGACCGAUACGGGAGCAUUGCGUGAUCGCAUCAAGGAACUGGAAUCUCAGUGGCGCAACAUCAACAUUAGUAUCGAUGAGCGCGCCAAGCUUUCCAAGCAAAAGGCCGAACGUCAAGUGGCCUACGAGAGCUUGAAGGACGAUGUCCUCUCGUGGUUAACGAGAACCGAGGGUCGCGUCAAUGGACUCGCACCGGUGGCCAUUGAUCUGGAUAAGAUUCGGCAGCAGAACGAUGAAUUGAAACCGAUCUGCAAGGAUUAUCGCGAUUAUGCGCCAACCAUUGAUAAGAUCAAUGACAUUGGCUCGCAAUAUGAUGCCCUGGUGCGACCCGAGAGUCCUGGACGCAAACGGUCCACAUAUAGUCCGAUCAAGAGGACGAGCCCGCUGCGUCGCAUGUCCGGAGACGCCAGAAGCCCCAGCCCGACCAAGGGAGGCAUACUGUCGCCACUAUCGACUGGUUCCAGUGGAUUCGGUAGCCGCAGAUCCUCUCAGGAUGGCUUCCAGCUCUCUGAGCUGUCUCCGGUGCAGCAGCAGCUGAGCGAAAUCAACAAUCGCUACGGCCUAAUUGGCGUCCGUCUCAACGAUCGCCAGCACGAACUGGACAAUCUCAGCGAGGAGCUGCGUAAGCAAUACGAGAACCUGAAGGGCUUGGCCCAGUUCCUCGAGCGCAUUCAGCGCCAGGUGCCCAAGGAGUCCGUCUCCAACAAGGAGGAAGCCGAUCGCUGCAUUAAGCAGGCACGUAAAAUUCUCGAAGAUAUGUACGAGAAGCAGAGCCUGCUGGACACUACCAAGGCACAGGUGAAGGAUAUCCUGCGACGCAAAUCGGAUGUGCCCGGCGCCGAACAGCUGCGGCUGGAGAAUGACAACAUUCAGGAGAAAUGGAAGAAUCUCAAUGAUAUCUGCAAGAAUCGCAUUGCCUUCUCAGAGAAGUUGCGCGAUUUCCUCGAUACCCAUGGCAAUCUCAAGAGCUGGCUGGACAGUAAGGAGCGCAUGCUGACCGUAUUGGGACCGAUUUCCUCGGAUCCACGCAUGGUCCAGAGCCAGGUGCAGCAGGUGCAAGUGCUGCGCGAAGAGUUCCGCACACAGCAGCCGCAAUUGAAGCACUUCCAGGAGCUGGGUCACGAUGUUGUCGAUCAUUUGGCCGGCACACCCGAUGCCCAGGCCGUCGAGCUGAAGCUCAAGGAUGUGCUGACCAAGUGGGAUGAUCUGAUGGGCAAACUGGAUGAUCGUGCCAAUAGUUUAGGCGGUGCUGCUGACAGCUCCAAGGAGUUCGAUGCGGCUGUCAAUCGUCUGCGUGAAGCGCUGCAAAAUAUUAGCGAUAAUCUGGACACGCUGCCCUUGGAUGGCGAUCACCAGGAGAAUCUGCGCAAGAUCGAGAACCUCGAACGUCAGCUGGAGGGUCAACGGCCCCUCCUCGCCGAUGUGGAACAGUCGGCAGCCACGUUGUGCAAUAUACUCGGAGAUCCCGCAUCACGUGCCGAUGUCAAUUCGCGCGUUGCCGCUCUGGAGAAACAGUAUUCGGCAUUGCAGAAGAAGCUGGACACGAAGAAGGCCGAAACGGAGGCAUCGCUACGGGAUGGUCGUCACUUCGCCGAGAACUGCUCCAAGACACUCGGCUGGCUCUCUGGUGAGCUGUCCAAUCUCACCGAUCGUCUGCUUGUCUCUGCACACAAGCCAACGUUGCAACAUCAGAUCGACACACACGAACCCAUCUAUCGUGAGGUGAUGGCCCGUGAGCACGAGGUGAUUAUGCUCAUCAACAAGGGAAAGGAUCUGACGGAACGUCAGCAGGAUCGUGGCGUGAAGCGCGAUCUCGAUCGCAUUCAACAGCAGUGGGAGAAGUUGCGCCGUGAGGCUGUCGAUCGUCAUACGCGUCUGCAGACAUGCAUGGAACACUGCAAGAAGUACUCACAGACCUCCGAGACGUUCCUCGCCUGGCUGCGCACCGCUGAGGACAAGCUGGCCGAUCUGACACCUGGCGUCUUGUCCAAAUCCAACCUGGAGACACGUCUUCGUGAUUUGCAGACAUUCCGCAGUGAGGUGUGGAAGCAUUCGGGUGAGUUUGAGAAUACCAAGGGCCUGGGCGAUACCUUCCUCACCAGUUGUGACAUCGACAAGGAGCCAAUUAAGGCCGAGCUGCAGGACAUCCGUGAUCGCUGGGAGCGUCUCAAUAAUGAUUUGAUUGCACGCGCCCAUGAGAUUGAGAACUGUUCGCGUCGCCUGGGCGACUUUAAUGAUGAGCUGCGUAAUCUGGAUCAUUCGCUGCGUCGUUGCGAGGAUCGCCUUGCUGCCCACGAUGCGCUUGGCGGUGCUGCCAAGGAUCCCAAGCUGCUGGAGCGCGUGAAGGCUAUACGCGAGGAGCUGACCAGUCUGGGUAAACCACUGCAAUCGCUGAAGGGUCAGGCCAAGGACAUUAGCGCCGAGGCGCGUGCUACCGGCGGCGAUGCCGAUCAUUUGACCAGCGAGGUUGAUAGUCUCGCCGAUCGCAUGUCCGAGCUUCAAGAACGUCUCGAUGAUCGCUGCGGUGAGCUGCAAUCGGCUGCGACAGCAGUCUCUCAGUUCAACGAACAGAUGAAAACGCUGGGCAUCGAUCUCAACGAUCUGGAGUCCGAGAUUGAGAAGUUGGCGCCGCCAGCGCGUGAGAUUAAGAUUGUCCAGCAGCAACUGGAUGAUGUGGGCAAGCUGCAGAAUAAAUUGGAACGCCUGGUCGGUCGUCUGGAGGAUGCCGAACGUGCCGCUGAUGUCCUGGUCGAUGCAGGCUUCUCAGCCGACACGAGUCAGACGCGCGAGCAAAUCGCAACGCUGCGCAAGACCCUGGGUCGCCUCGACAAUCGUGUGCGAGAUCAUGAGGAUAAGCUGCAGAGCACCCUGAAGGCACUUCGCGAAUUUUACGACAUGCAGUCGCAGACUCUCGAUGAUAUCCAGGAUGUCAGCGAGGAGUUCAAACGCAUGAAACCGGUGGGCUCUGAACUGGAUCAGAUUCGUAGACAGCAGGAGGACUUCCGCAACUUCCGUGAACGCAAGGUCGAACCACUCGCUCAGAAUGUGGACAAGGUCAACAUGUCGGGACGAGAUCUGGUACGCUCCGCUGGCACCGGUGUCUCCACCAAUGUCAUCGAGAAGGAUUUGGAGAAGUUGAAUGAUCGCUGGAAUGAUCUGAAGGAGCGUAUGAACGAGCGCGAUCGUCGCUUGGAUGUCGCCCUGCUACAGUCCGGCAAGUUCCAGGAAGCAUUGGCAGGUCUCUCGAAAUGGCUCAGCGAUACGGAGGAAAUGGUCGCCAAUCAGAAAUCGCCCAGUUGCGAUUACAAGGUGGUCAAGGCGCAGCUGCAGGAACAGAAAUUCCUCAAGAAAAUGCUGCUGGAUCGCCAGAACUCAAUGGGUUCGCUGGCCAAUCUGGGCAAAGAGGUGGCCAGUCAUUGUGAGCCCGCUGAACGCGCCUCAAUCGAGAAGCAAUUGAAUGAUCUGAUGAAGCGAUUCGAUGCUUUAACUAAUGGCGCCGAACAGCGUGAACAAGAUCUGGAGGAGGCUAUGGAGGUGGCUAAGCGUUUCCACGAUAAGAUCAGUCCACUCGAACUGUGGCUGGAUAAUACGGAACGUGCCGUUAAAGCCAUGGAACUAAUACCAACCGAUGAGGAGAAGAUACAGCAGCGUAUCCGUGAACACGAUCGUCUGCACGACGAGAUUCUGGGCAAGCAGCCCGACUUUACGGAUCUGGCCGAUGUCGCCGGUCAGCUGAUGCAUCUGGUCAGCGAUGAGGAGGCCGUCAAUCUUGGCGAGAAGGUGCGCACCGUAACCGAACGCUAUACAGGAUUGGUUGAUGCCAGCGAUAAUAUUGGUGCAUUGCUUGCCGAAUCCCGUCAAGGCUUGAGGCAUCUGGUGCUCAGCUAUCAGGAUCUGGUGGCCUGGAUGGAGAGCAUGGAGAACGAGCUAAAACGCUUCAAAUCCGUGCCCGUCCACGCAGAGAAGCUCUUGGAGCAAAUGGAUCAUCUGCUGGAGCUGAACGAGAAUAUAGCUGGACACGCUAACAAUGUUGAGUCCACUGUUGAAUCUGGUGCGGAGCUAAUGAAGCAUAUCUCCAACGAUGAGGCUAUACAACUGAAAGAUAAGCUGGACUCGCUACAACGUCGCUAUGGUGACUUGACCAAUCGUGGCGGUGAUCUGCUCAAGAAUGCCCAGAAUGCUCUACCACUGGUGCAACAGUUCCACGAGGCCCACAAUCGUCUCGUCGAAUGGAUGCAGAGUGCCGAGACUGCUCUGGCGCCGAGUGAACCACGCCAGGCCGAUGUCCUGCGGCUGGAGAGUGAACUGUCCGAUAUGCGACCGAUACUGGAUACCAUUAAUCUGGUGGGACCACAGCUGUGUCAGCUGUCGCCGGGCGAAGGUGCUGCCACCAUCGAGAACAUUGUCACCCGUGACAAUCGUCGCUUCGAUGCCAUCGUUGAGCAGAUUCAACGCAAGGCUGAACGUUUGCAUUUGAGCAAUCAGCGAGCGAAGGAAGUCACCGGUGACAUUGAUGAGCUGUUGGAGUGGUUCCGUGAAAUGGAUACCACACUCCGUGAAGCGGAUCUGCCGGCCAUGGAGCCGAAGCUGGUGCGCGCUCAGUUGCAGGAGCAUCGCUCGAUCAACGAUGACAUCUCCAGUCAGAAGGGACGCGUGCGCGAUGUGACCGCUGCCUCCAAGAAGGUGCUGCGUGAGUCGCCACAGAGCGAGAAUACGGCAACGCUGCGCGAGAAACUGGACGAUCUCAAGGAGAUUGUCGACACCGUCGCCCAGUUGUGCAGCGAACGCUUGGGCAUCUUAGAACAGGCGUUGCCCUUGUCCGAGCAUUUCGCCGACUCGCACCAAGGCCUGACCACCUGGCUGGACGAAAUGGAGCAGCAAAUCUCAAGGCUGAGCAUGCCUGCCCUGCGUCCAGAUCAGAUCACACUGCAACAGGACAAGAACGAGCGUUUGCUGCACUCGAUUGCCGAGCAUAAGCCACUGUUGGACAAACUGAACAAGACGGGUGAAGCUCUGGGCGCCCUGGUUGCCGACGAUGAUAGUGCCAAGAUCAAUGAGAUUUUGGACACGGACAACGCACGCUAUGCCGCACUGCGUCUGGAGUUGCGUGAACGUCAACAGGCGCUAGAGAAUGCGCUGCAGGAGUCCAGUCAGUUCUCCGAUAAGCUGGAGGGCAUGCUUCGUGCCCUGGCCAACACUGUGGAUCAGGUGAAUCAAUUGGAUCCACUCUCAGCACUGCCCCAGAAGAUCCGCGAACAGAUCGAGGAUAAUGAUGCUCUAAUGGAUGAUCUGGACAAGCGACAGGAUGCAUUUAGCGCCGUGCAGCGGGCAGCCAACGAUGUCAUUGCCAAGGCGGGCAACAAGGCUGAUCCGGCUGUGCGCGACAUCAAGGCCAAGCUAGAGAAGCUUAACACGCUGUGGAACGAUGUGCAGAAGGCCACCAAGAAACGUGGCAGCUCCCUGGACGAUAUACUCAGCGUAGCCGAACCAUUCUGGAAGCAAUUGAACAGUGUCAUGAAGACCCUUAAGGAUCUGGAGGAGACGCUGUCCUGCCAAGAGCCACCAGCGGCACAGCCGCAAGACAUUAAGAAGCAACAGGUGGCACUGCAGGAGAUCCGGCACGAGAUCGAUCAGACCAAGCCGGAGGUGGAGCAAGUGCGUCGCCAUGGCAGCAAUCUGAUGAACAUGUGUGGCGAACCAGACAAGCCAGAGGUGAAGAAACACAUUGAGGAUCUGGACAAUGCAUGGGACAACAUUACAGCGUUGUAUGCCAAGCGUGAGGAGAACCUAAUCGAUGCCAUGGAGAAGGCCAUGGAGUUCCACGAGACGCUCCAGAAUCUGCUCAAAUUCCUCACCAAGGCCGAGGAUAAGUUUGCUCACCUCGGAGCUGUGGGCUCCGACAUUGAUGCCGUCAAGCGACAAAUUGAACAGCUCAAGGCGUUCAAGGACGAAGUCGAUCCGCAUAUGGUCGAAGUAGAAGCAUUAAACAGACAAGCUGUGGAACUGACGGAACGCACUUCGCCCGAGCAGGCGGCAUCAAUUCGGGAACCACUGACGGUGGUCAAUCGUCGCUGGGAGUCUUUGCUGCGUGGCAUGGUCGAUCGCCAGAAGCAGCUGGAGCAUGCACUGCUCCACUUGGGUCAAUUCCAGCAUGCGCUCAACGAGCUGUUGGUCUGGAUAAACAAGACAGACAGCACUCUGGAUCAGCUGAAGCCGAUACCUGGAGACCCGCAACUGCUUGAAGUGGAGCUGGCCAAGCUGAAGGUGCUUGCCAAUGAUAUACAGGCGCAUCAGAACUCUGUGGAUACACUCAACGAUGCUGGACGCCAGCUCAUCGAGACAGAGAAGGGCUCUGUGGAGGCAUCGACGACGCAGGAGAAGCUGCGCAAACUGAACAACGAGUGGAAGCAGUUGCUGCAAAAGGCCAGCGAUCGCCAGCACGAGCUGGAGGAAUCGCUACGCGAAGCCCAGGGCUACAUAGCCGAGGUCCAGGACAUUCUGGGCUGGUUGGGCGAUGUAGAUGCCGUGAUUGGUGCCAGCAAACCAGUUGGUGGUCUGCCAGAGACUGCCACCGAGCAGCUGGAACGCUUUAUGGAGGUCUACAACGAACUGGAUGAGAACAGGCCCAAGGUGGAGACCAUCCAGGCACAGGGACAGGAGUACAUCAAGCGCCAGAACCAGAUGAAGGUCCCCUCGAGCAAUUUGCAGCACACGUUGCGCACUCUGAAGCAACGCUGGGAUGCAGUUGUUUCGCGUGCCUCCGACAAGAAGAUCAAACUGGAGAUUGCGCUCAAAGAGGCAACUGAAUUCCAUGACACACUUCAGGCCUUUGUCGAGUGGUUAACCCAGGCGGAGAAGCAGCUGUCGAAUGCUGAGCCCGUCUCGCGUGUCCUGGAAACGAUUCAGGCCCAGAUGGAGGAGCAUAAGGUGCUGCAGAAGGAUGUGAGCACGCAUCGCGAGGCCAUGCUGCUGCUGGACAAGAAGGGUACACAUCUGAAGUACUUCAGCCAGAAGCAAGAUGUGAUUCUCAUCAAGAAUCUGCUCGUGUCCGUCCAGCAUCGCUGGGAGCGUGUCGUCAGCAAGGCGGCGGAGCGCACACGUGCUCUGGACCAUGGCUACAAGGAGGCGCGUGAGUUCAAUGAUGCCUGGAAUGGCAUGAUGCAGUAUCUGCAGGAAACUGAACAGGUGCUUGAUCAGAUCAUUGAGGAGGCCACCGCCUCCAAGGAGCCGCAGAAGAUCAAGAAAUACAUUAUCAAGCUGAAGGAGACGCAUCGCCAGCUGGGCGCCAAGCAAUCGGUGUACGAUGCCACCAUGCGCACCGGCAAGAACCUCAUGGAACGAGCACCCAAGGGUGAUCGUCCCGUGCUGGACAAGAUGUUGUUGGAGCUCAAGGAGCAAUGGACACGCGUCUGGUCGAAGAGCAUUGAGCGACAACGCAAACUGGAGGAGGCUCUACUGCUUUCCGGGCAGUUUAGCGAUGCGCUCGGCGAACUGCUCGAGUGGCUGAAGAAGGCCAAGAGCAGGUUGAACGAGAACGGACCUGUCCAUGGUGAUCUGGAGACGGUGCAGGGUCUGUGCGAGCAUCACAAGCACAUUGAACAGGAUCUGCAGAAGCGUGCCGCUCAAAUGCAGGGCGUCCUCAAAACGGGACGAGAUCUGGAGCGGUCCGGCAAUAAUCCCGAGGUGGGCGCGAAGCUCGAUGAGCUGCAAUCCAUUUGGGAUGAGGUCCAAAAUGCGGUCGGCAAACGUGGCGAACGGCUUGAAGUUGCUCUCACCGAUGCUGAGAAGCUGAAUGCACGAGUUCAGGCCCUGUUCGAUUGGCUGGAUCAUGCGGAGAACAAGUUGCGCUAUGCAAAAAAUGCACCCGAUGAUGAGAAGGUCUCGCGCGAGAUGAUGGACAUUCACAUGGAAUUCAUGAAGGAUCUGCGCGUCCGGGAGCGUGAGAAGAGCGAAACGUUCGAGUAUGCCGAGGUUAUUAUUGGCAAAGCGUAUCCGGAUGCUAUACCCAUCAUCAAGAACUGGCUAUCGAUCAUACAGCAACGUUGGGAGGAGGUGCGUCAAUGGGCCAUUAAUCGCGAGUCUAAGCUGGGACUGCAUUUGCAAUCGCUCAAGGAUCUGGACGAUACCAUUGAGGAGCUGCUCGCCUGGCUCAGCGGUCUCGAGGGCACCUUAAUAAAUCUGAAGCAUGAACGGCUGCCUGAUGAGAUACCACCGGUUGAGAAAUUGAUCGAGGAUCACAAGGAAUUCAUGGAGAACACCGCACGUCGCCAGAACGAGGUGGAUCGCGCCUGCAAGCCGCGCCAACUGCCACCAGGUGCUCGCAAACCAUCGCGUAGCGGCAAGACGCCAGUCUUCAAGGGCUCUCGCGAUCAAGGACUCAACGCACGCAAGGGCAGUCGUAUUACGCCAACGCGCGAUACGCCCGACAGAGAUCGCCUGCCGCAUUAUGGCCCACGUUUCUCGCCAAGCUCUACUGGUCCCGAACUCGAAUUCCGUUCGCCACGCGCCAAACUGUUGUGGACUAAGUGGCGUGAUGUGUGGAUGCUGUCAUGGGAGCGUCAACGUUUGCUCCACGAGCAUCUCAUGUAUCUGAAGGAUGUGGAGCGUGCUCGCAACUUUAGCUGGGAUGAUUGGCGCAAGCGCUUCCUCAAGCACAUGAAUCACAAGAAGUCGCGCUUGACUGAUCUGUUCCGUAAGAUGGACAAGGACAACAAUGGCAUGGUGCCACGCGAUGUCUUCAUCGAUGGCAUACUCAAUACGAAAUUCGAUACAUCGGGUCUGGAGAUGAAGGCUGUUGCCGAUCUGUUCGAUCGCAAUGGCGAGGGUCUCAUUGACUGGCAGGAAUUCAUUGCCGCUCUGCGACCCGAUUGGCAGGAACGUAAACCGGCCAAUGACAAUGACAAGAUACACGAUGAGGUCAAACGUUUGGUCAUGCUCUGCACAUGUCGUCAAAAGUUCCGUGUGUUCCAAGUUGGCGAAGGCAAAUACAGAUUUGGUGAUUCCCAGAAGUUGCGCCUGGUUCGCAUCCUGCGCAGCACUGUUAUGGUGCGCGUUGGCGGUGGCUGGGUUGCUUUGGAUGAAUUCCUGCAGAAGAACGAUCCUUGUCGCGCCAAGGGACGCACUAACAUUGAGCUACGCGAGCAAUUCAUAUUGGCCGAUGGCGUCUCACAGAGCAUGGCUGCAUUCACGUCCAGACGUUCCACACCCAAUGCUGCCCAAACUGCCAACAGUUCGCAAAAUGGCAGCGCCGGUAGCUCCAACUUGCCGCCAUAUUUGAGUGGACAGGGUCCCAUCAUAAAGGUACGCGAGCGUUCUGUGCGUUCUAUACCGAUGUCGCGACCAUCGCGCUCUUCACUGUCGGCCAGCACCCCGGAUUCGCUUAGCGAUAAUGAGGGUAGCCAUGGUGGACCGUCGGGUCGUUAUACGCCGCGCAAGGUGACCUACACGAGCACACGCACCGGCCUCACGCCAGGAGGAUCGCGUGCCGGCUCCAAGCCCAACUCACGCCCGCUCAGUAGACAAGGCUCUAAGCCGCCGUCGCGUCACGGCUCCACCCUCUCGCUGGACAGCACAGACGAUCAUACGCCAUCGCGCAUACCGCAGCGCAAGGUUUCCGGUGCCAGCACAGUUAGCGGCACCGGCACCACGCCACGUCCGGCACGUCUGUCCGUUACCACGGCAGCGACUCCGGGCGGCAGCCGACUCAAUGGCGGCACCAGCACCAUCACACGCAAAACCGCAUCCGGCUCGGCCAGCCCAGCGCCCACAAGCAAUGGAGGCAUGAGUAGAUCAUCCAGUAUACCAGCACUAACCGGCUUCGGCUACAAACCCACUAGGCGCAACAUCAGCGGCAGUUCAACGCCGUCCGGGAUGCAAACGCCGAGAAAGAGCUCCGCGGAGCCGACAUUCAGCUCAACGAUGCGACGCACAUCGCGUGGAACCACGCCCACAGAGAAGCGCGAACCUUUCCGGCUAUGAGGCGGAUGAAUGAAUUGCGGUUGCAGCACCCAGUUGCCAA